GCCCAAGCCUGCCAGUUAUUCAGGCCCCCAAUGCUGGUGGAUAAAGCCGCGGUACGUCUCGGCGCAGCUUGUGCGGUGAAGAUCCUCCAGUCCUCCAACCCCAGCUCUCCGUCACCUGGCCCUGCCAUGAAAGCGAAACCGUCAAAGCCAGCUGGUAACUCCGUCAGGGUCCUCAGCGCCAAGGUCGCCAUGACGACGCAGAUGACCGCCGUGGGCAAAUCCUCUUCUCAGGAGAACUUUAAUCCCAAAUCAAAACCAGUGGUCGCGAGUGGCAGCAAAAUCCUGACCACGAGUUCAAAGGCCAGCGAGAUGCAGGCGGCGGUGGGUGCGGCGCACACACCUGAUGUCAUCCGUAAAGCUCUGCCGCUUUCUUUUCCCUCUCCUGCCGGGGCGCCGGCACUCACCAGGACGUCGUCAUCGUCCUCCACUGCAUCCACCUCUACUAAGAGCAAUGGAACCUCGCAGACCACCUGCAGGUUGCCAGGCGGCGUCACCACCAUCUGCACCAGCAGCGCCGCCAGUACUAGCACCACCACCACCAUGGCAGUCUCUGCACCGACCUCGUCUACCAGCGAGAAAACUCCGGCGGCGCAGUCCUUGGUGCUGGCUGUGUCAGCUCAUGAUGUCCCGGUCAUCGCCGACGCCGGAGCAGCAGCUGCCUCGGCCACCGUCCCCGCUCCUGCAGCCCUGGCGGCCUCGUCCUCCCCUUCCCCACCCAUGGCCAGCACAGCAGCUAGCGUGAAGGAGCCCGAGGAGAUGCAGGCCUGCAGCACCCCUCCCUCAACUCCCUCCUCAUCAUCUUCAUCAUCCUCAUCGUCGUCGUCUCUUGGUGCCCUCGGGCCCAUGCAGCCUACUUUGCGUCCCACGCCGACCCUCGCCAAGAUGGCGCCGACCGCUCAGAAAACGGCGCGGCCUGCCGAGGCUAGAGUGAACGCCAAGGCAACGGACUCUAAAAUCGUAACGACGCCCAAGACUGCGGUGCCUGAGGUAACGCAAAGCUCAGCCCUGCCUGCUACGGGCAAAGGCGCAGCUGCUGCGUGUGUCGCUUCGAGCAAGACGGCGGCGUGCAGCAAGACUUUCGCCAGGAAAAGCGAGGAGAUGAGCCGAGUGGCGACUGUGUCAUCGUCUGACGAAAGCGUCACGGAGAAAGACAGGCCAGCAGCAGGGGGAAACAGGGGGAGUGAGAAUAACCGUAAGGACGACAAAGUCAUGACCUGGGUCCCCCGUCACCAGCAGUAGCAGCAAAGUGGCUGUGGGCAUUCCUACCUUUGUCUCCACCAAUUGUGACAGCGCGGCCAGCGUAGCGGGGAGAGUGUGUAAUGGCAUGCCGCCCGUAGUCACCCGGAUGCUGAGGAUGUCCAACGCCUCUACCUCCGUCAACACCUUGCCGCAGAAGCUGCAUGCCAAGGUCGGUCAGCAGCAGCAACAACAACAGCAGCAGGUAUCGCAGCAGGCCGCGCGUGCACUGUCGCGCAACACUCCACCCGUCGUCCAGCCAGCCGCACUACCGGCCACCACGCACUCUUUGGUUCGUACCUCCCCUGGUUCAGCUAUUGCUGUGGCCAUGGCCAAACGCCGCGAGAUGGAGGCUUUGCACCAUCAGCAGCAGCUGCAGCAACAGCUGCAACUGAUACAGCAGCACCAGCUUCUCAGCAUUCAGGCCGCAGCAGCAGCCAGGUGGAACACGGACGUCUUGUCGCCCUCACCACCCCGGGUGCCGGCGAUGACUCCUUCGGCAUCCAGCCCAACAUCUGCCCACUCCAACACUCUGGCCGUGGUUGCCGUACAAUCUGGCGGUGAGUCGUGCAGCAUCAGGGAUCCUCGCGAAGUCAGUGGCAUCAGCCCUCCCAACAAGAAGCAGGAAGGCAGCGGACAGCAACCGCUGACGAAGCAGCAGAAACACGGCAUGUACAAGAAACUGGCCGAGGCGUCACCCUCGAAAAAGAAAAUUUCGGACAUCGCCAACACGCUGCACAAGAAGAUUAGCCAGUCAAGCGGCAGUUCCCCCAAAGCGGACUUAGCGGCUGACGCCAAGCGGCCCCCCAACGCGCACUCGGCCAGCAAAGCCAAGGCUCCGGAAGCGGCAGCAGGCGGGCAGCAAGCGCACGCGCACAGUAAAGCCUCGUUUACGGCCAGCAGCGCAUCCGGCGACCGCGAGGACGAGCCCUUGAAUCUGGUCACGCGCGACUCGCAUCGGCACAGCAACAGAGGGGCGUCGCCCAGAGUGCAGACCACUACCGCCGUGUAACCAUCGGGGGCGAGUGACAGUGUGUGUGUGUGAGAGAGAGAGAGAAAAAUGUUUGGUAGGAAGGGGGAAUGGUCAUGUACAGAACUUCCGGACGUUGUGGGAGGUCAACAUUUCUUGGACGCAACAUUUUGGAUCUGAUUUAUUGUGGAUGCUUUAAUGCCGAGUCCAUAAACUGUGGUGUGUCAUGAAAAAAGAUAUUUUGACUUGUUAAUACUAUUAGCCUUUUCAUUUUACUUGUUAAAUGAUAGGAAAAUAAUACUCGUGUUGGAUGCAGUAAACUCCCCUCGACCACCCCGAUCCCCCCCCCCCUUUUUUUUUUUUUGGACGAACUGGAGUAUAGAGCUGGUGGCUUGUGUUUGCAAUCACACAGUAAAAGGAUUUUUUUUUUAAAAAAACCUCCGAAACAAGUCAUUUGUUUUGCAUGCCUAAUAUAUCUGUUACUCUGUAUGAUUCUGUUCACAAUUAUAGCUGUUCACAAUGGCUUUUCUCGAGACUUACUCCUAAUUUAUAUCUUCUGGAGCAGAGGUGAAAGCUUUGUGGAUCCAAUCUGGCAUUCAGGGGAGCUUUGAUUCACGGAAACUGGAUUCAGAAUAUGUACAAGUGUCUAAAUACGCAAAAACUCGUGUUUGUCGACGUGCAUCGCGCAACACCAGGAAGUUCGUGGUGAUAUGCCCCUGUCCUGACCCUGCUCCUUCCAUUACAGCCUUGUGCGCAUGAGCGGGCAGGAAAGGGGAUCGUUCUGUCGAAACGCUUUGGAUAAGAAACCCGGAGGAUGGGGCUGCUGUGGUGCUGUGCAGGGGGCUUGCAUUGUGGAUUACUGGCAGUGGUGCAGAAGGUCGUCAUGCCACCUGGUCAUGCUGGUGGUAACCUUAGCGACGAAGCAGGGUGACUGGGUCCACACAUCAUACUAAAGAGGAGACCGUUUUAGGUCAGGGUGUGAAGACACCCGCCGCCUGACCUCACCCUGACGUUCGGCUCCAUUAUAAGACUCGUUAUAUAGUUGUGUCUACGUUCCUUCGUGCCAGCCCCCUUACCCUCUGUUAUCCACAGUCUCCCAUUCUGCCCUCAUUUUUCUUAUCCCCUUCCUUUUCUUUUUUUUUUCGGUCUUUUCUUUUGUGUGGAUAGUAUAUAUAUAACAGUAACAUUAUUUAAAAAAGAGCAUUGUGAUAUCUACCUUAACCCGUUAUCUCUCCUCUCUUUUUUCUCUCUUCCUUUCUGUGUUUCCAAUCCCUUUCCUCUCUAUUUCUACGUUUGAGCAGCACAUUUGGUCUUUAACAAAGUGAAGAUGCUAAACAGAAUUGACUGUAGCUGACACAAGAACCCAUUGAGAGGAUCAGUGAAUAAGGACAUCUGUGUUUUGAACUGUAAAUCAGAAUGUUAAUUUUACUCAAAAUUGCAGUCACAGAACCAGUCCUCAAUGCAGCUGUAUUCCUGUAAUUUUUUGUAAUACAUGUAAAGUGAUUUUUUUCCACAGUUCUUCAGAAGAACUGCGUGCCAUGUUAAAGAGCUUGAAAAUUGUUGUUUCCUUUAACCUCACAUGCAGCUAACACACACACUCUCUCUCUUCUCCCAUUCUCUACAUUGUGUUCUGUGUCUUGCUUCUCCCAUUCUGUACACUGUGCCUCUGUCUCUCUCUCUCCCCCUCACCCGCUCUCUCUAGUUUCACCUUGUGAGUACAUGGUGUAGGUAUUGUGCAUUAACUCGUCUUUUGCAAAAUACAAACUACUUCGCAUUUUCCCCUGUUUGAAUCUGUUCUCCCGUCCUCUCUAUCUCUCCCUACCCACCCCCAUCUCUCUCCCCCGCGCGCUCCAGCUGUCAUGUAGCUUUGGUGUUGCUUUCAGUUGUGGAGAAAUGUAGAUCAUUGUAUGAUCAUUGUUUACCUUGAUGCUAUACAUCAUUGUGCUAAGAGCGAUUCUGCUGAGAGAUUUUGUCUGAUGGAUGCAGAUAAUAUUGUACACGCUACGUGUCGCUGUUUUGUGUUUUAAGAAAAAAGCGAUGUUUUGCCAUCUGCAUGCACUGAUAAAAUAAAUGUGCAAAGGCA